AUGGCUCACAGCGCUAACAUCAGCACUACUCUCAACGCUUCCGACCAUGCCCCAAACCUGGCAGGUUUGAGUCAAUCGGGACACACGACGGUGGCAGUGUUCCUGGGCAUCAUUCUGGUCCUGGGCUGCGUUAACAACCUGUUGGUGUUGCUCCUAUUCGUGUGCUUCAAGGAGAUCAGGACCCCGCUCAACAUGAUCUUGUUGAACAUCAGCCUCAGUGACUUGUCGGUGUGUGUUUUUGGGACUCCCUUCAGUUUUGCUGCCAGUAUCUACAGACGAUGGCUUAUUGGGCACAAAGGUUGCAAAUGGUAUGGCUUUGCCAACUCUUUAUUCGGGAUUGUGUCCUUGAUAUCGCUUUCAUUAUUGUCAUAUGAACGAUAUGCUACAGUUUUGAAGUCCACAAAAGCAGAUUCAACCAACUAUAAAAAAGCCUGGGUGUACAUUGCAUUUUCGUGGUUCUAUUCUCUGGUGUGGACUUUGCCACCUCUCUUUGGUUGGAGCAAGUAUGGCCCUGAAGGAUAUGGGACCACAUGUUCAGUUAUAUGGCAUUUGAGAUCACCAAAUAAUGCAUCCUACAUCAUUUGUCUUUUCCUUUUCUGUCUCAUUCUACCAGUCCUGCUUAUGGCAUAUUGUUAUGGAAGAAUUAUCCAAGCAAUCAGAGGAGUUGGCAAGAUUAAUCAGAUGACAGCACAAACACGAGAACACCGCAUUCUCCUCAUGGUGAUUUCCAUGGUAACCUUUUACCUUCUGUGCUGGUUACCCUAUGGUACAGUGGCUUUGAUUGGAACAUUUGGCAAUGCGGAUCUUAUCACACCAACAUGCAGUGUUAUCCCAUCGAUCCUGGCAAAAAGUAGCACCGUAAUUAACCCAGUUAUCUACGUCAUAAUGAACAAACAGUUUUACAGGUGUUUUGUAACAUUGUUGAGAUGUAACACGCCCCAACCUUACACCAAUAAAAAUUCUAAACAAAACAAAGACUUACAGCUGACCAGCAGGAUGCGGGAUAUGAUGCAGAUGUGUCUACCCUCUUCACGGUUAUCAGAUGGCAGAAAGCCAAGGGAACGACAUGUGGAGAACUCGUCUAAAGAGGAGCGCACAUUGGUUUUAGGAGCUCGUCAUAACAGAUAA